UUGCACGUAGGCUAUUGGAUGUACAACCACGAAAGCAAAUACCAAAAACAACAUUAUUAUUCACAACUGUUAGAUGUUGUUUUCAUUUGUGCGAAAUUGAUGUUACGUUGACACAAAAUGCAAAGCUGAGUGUUGUCUGCUUUUUCCCACGUGGGCGGGCGUUGUCAGACGGAACCAAGCCCCACAGGAUGUGCAGUCAGUCUGCUGCUAAAUCUCUGGAGCUAGCUUGGGAGCUAGCCAUGAGCUAACAAGUAGCUAGCUGAGUCUUCUCAUUCUGCCACCAUAAUUCAACCUUCGUCAAACCAAGGUGAAUACUGUUAAAUUAACCGGAAUCAUCAUUCGGGCCCCUUGCUGCAGCUGGAUUUUACGGUCCUCAUUUCACAAUCCUUCCCACCAACUCCCGCUCCACCUUGAACAUUUUACCCCACACACUCGGAUCUCUUGGUACACAGAGCCAUGGCUGCUGCUAAGCCAAAAGGGCAGAACUCUCUAGCCCUUCACAAAGUGAUUAUGGUGGGCAGUGGAGGAGUGGGGAAAUCAGCCCUCACACUCCAGUUCAUGUACGAUGAGUUUGUUGAAGACUAUGAGCCCACCAAAGCAGACAGUUAUAGGAAGAAAGUGGUGCUGGACGGAGAAGAGGUACAGAUUGACAUCCUUGACACAGCUGGACAAGAGGACUACGCAGCCAUCCGAGAUAACUACUUCCGCAGCGGCGAGGGUUUCCUCUGCGUAUUUUCCAUCACAGAACUGGAAUCAUUUGCAGCAACAGUCGACUUCAGGGAGCAGAUUCUGCGAGUGAAGGAGGAUGAGAAUGUGCCCUUUCUGUUGGUUGGUAACAAGUCAGAUUUGGACGACCGACGGCAGGUUAGCGCGGAGGAGGCCAAAGCACGUGCUGAGCAGUGGGGCGUGUGCUAUGUGGAGACUUCUGCCAAAACCCGGGCCAAUGUUGACAAGGUUUUCUUUGACCUGAUGAGAGAGAUCCGGGCGAGGAAAAUGGAGGACAGCAAAGAGAAGAAUGGGAAAAAGAAAAGUAAAAGUUUGGCUAAACGAAUUAGAGAGAGAUGCUGUAUUUUAUAGUGGUAAAAGAGAGCAGGGUAGCUGCUUAUGUACAUAUACAUCUCUCAGACUUUGCAUUUAUUUUGUGCCCAUACCUGACCAUGACUUCCUGUUCCUGGCUAACAGGACAGCUGACCGUGUGUCAGGGAGUAGUAAGGUGGCACUCCAUACACCAUUUAUAGCUCUAACUGUUUAUGUGCUGACACUCCAGAUCAUUUACGUACUCUCUCUCUCUCCUCUGACCGCAUUGCAGAGCGUAACACAUGGAUGGAGUUUAAUUUAGAACUACGCUUGACACGGGGCUAAGCCCUGAAAUGUUACGAAACCUUUCAUUGUAAAGUUUGACGUGUAUAAUAUAUUCAGACGACUGUGCAGAUAGAAAUGGAAGUGUCAGAGCCACGGUUUAAAUGGGGGGGAAAUUGUAACUGGAGCUUGGUUAGGAAAUGUAAGUGAACAGACUCGGCAGUGUAGUGUCCACCCAGAAAUCAUCAAGUGCCACCAAGGAAAUGUACGUUGCACUGGUGACUCUGUGAAGCAUUGAAAUUGAAAGGUUGUUACUUGAAGCCGAAAUUUGAUGCCAUUCCUAUUUGUUGUUUUACACCUCGAUUUUAGCACGUGGUGAAUUCUGAAUACUUCUUUUUAUCCUUUUCUUUUUUUGUCCUUUCUGUCGUCGUCCCCCCCGCCCCCCCCCACGUCACUUUGUUGAGUCCUCUCAAAUGCACAAACAUUACCCUUAAAUCUGUGAGGGAUUUUACAACACUUGAACAUUUUAGAAUUAUAACAUUUCAGAAGUUUAACAACUUUCAUUGCCUUUUUGUUUUGUUUUGUUUUGUUUUGCGAUAAAGGAAUCCCUGGUGCUCUGAUGAAAGGCGAUUCCAUAACACUACAUCUUUUUACAUGCUAUUUUUAAACGCAUCUUAAAAGUUGAUCAAAUAAAUUGCUUCCAGUCAUGUAAAUAUUUAUUUAGCCAAUUUAACUUUUCCUGGCUCAGACCAUUAAUCCACAACCUUGUGUGUGUUUCUUAAUGGGGACUUAAGUGGGAAUAAAUCAAUGGAUAGCUGAAUUUUUAAGGCACAAAAUAUCAGAAAUGAAUGCAGGAUGGAAAAGAAGUACGGCGGUACCUGUCCAAAAAAAGUAGCUCUCUGUCACCAAAGAAAAAUGCUCGCUAGUACAAACAAGUGCCCACUUAUUAAUGGAAGUGAAUGACAACUUGCUAUAGUGAGCGUCUGCAGUGUUUGUGUAGAAACUAUCUUUGUAAAAACUUGACGGAGGCAAAAGUUAAAGAUUUCCAUUAUGAAUGGCCCGGGAAGGAAAUGCAAAGUUACGAGGGAUUUAGUAAAUCAUGUACAGUGCAUCACUGUUGCCUCUCUGUCCAUUGUGACUGUGACCCCCCACCCCCCAUAACCUUCCUGUUUGCCUGUAAUCCUAGUCAGCCAAUGAUGUGCAGAGUUUAGAGCUCAUUGAUGGUCUACUUUGUUUACCGUUGUUGCAUUUUGUGCAAGGCUUCCCGGUGUUAUAAAGCUGUAGCAACAUCUUGAUGAAAUACCUGAUAUGUUCAUUUACUCUUGUAGCUCGUGUCGUAAUAACUUUAGCAGUGUAAAAAUAAGAAUUUCCUACGUGAUUAACGGCUAAACCGCUAGACCAAAACAUACUGUGUAAUCUAUCCCUCAAUUCUUUUUAGUUUCCAUUUGAUGACUGACCCACUCUUCUUUUAACUUAUUUAAAAUAACUUAUUUUAUUUGUUAUAAUUAUUUUUCAAAGUCUGACCACCAUCCUGAGAUUGUCGCCUCGUUUCACUCUGAUCCAGAGUAAAUGUUUGUGUUGCCAACAGCAACAGAUCGCCAUUUACAUUUAAAGGAUUUGCUCAACAAAUAAGGUGCCCGACACUGGAGUCUAUGCAAAAAUAAUGAUUGUUGUAAUUGCAAAGCGGGAGAGAAUAUGAAACUUGGGAACAAUUUAAAACUCAGAAAACCCAACAUCGUUCAAAAAAUUGUGAACUGUUUUUUUUAUAUUUGAAAGUACGUAAAGUUGUCUCAUUGAUUGAGUUAUUACAUCGACACUAAAUAACUUCUGGCUUUGAUUGUCAUAUAUUUCAUUGUGUUAAUUGUACAAAAAACGACAGUAAUGUAAAAGAAUGUCCGUGGUAUUUCUUGUCAACUGAAAAGCACACAGUAGGAGAGAGUUAGCGUUUAAAGAUAUGCGAGGCAAACCCCGACGUGUCGGAAGCGUGUGGCAUCAGAAAGUAGUUUGGGUUCAUUUGUUUUAAGGGCUAAUCUCCAGUACACCAUACCAUGAGUGAAACACACCUGAAAGUGAAAGUAGCAGGCGCAGAAACUGACGUAUCGUGUAAGAGUCUGUUAACCUUCCUUAACUUAUGUCCAUUAAAUGAAGUGCUGUGUAUCUGCAUUGCAGACGCUACUUACAGUAAAGUCACCACCAUAGUGCUUGCUUACUUUAACAUUGGCUUUACACACUUAAUUCUUGUUUCAGUGCUUUUGUUUUUCCAGGUGCAAACAUUUAUAAUUAUUUUUCUUUGUCUUCAUGUCGAUAGACGUCGAUGGCCCACAUUCCAAGGGGUGAUACUAAAACAGAUAUUUGUGUGAAAGCUAUGAGCAUCUCCCACUGGGUAUUCAAAUAACUUGUUUUGCCUUUUUAUAUAAUUACCCUUGGAAGAAUAAAUAGAUAUCUAUGUUUUAUGAUUGGAUGGUUGUAUGUAUGCCAUCAACUAAAUGUUUCCUUCAUGUUUCCUUAUUUUGAACAUAACCACUAAUGCAGCCCGUCUGUCUUUCUGUUUGUGAAUGCAAGAGGUAAAAGCUUACAUUUCAAUUAAAACAUUUUGUGAGUUCUUUGGAAAUGGCAAAUAAAGUGGAUAUUACUAAUAACAUUU